AUGCAGGCAAUUGCGGAGCGAUUUGCCACGCCAAAUGCCCUGGUAAGGGAACUGCAGUAUGAUGAGGAAGAGAAUCUGGAACAGGAUUUCGUGAUGGGGAGUUCCCAAUUCAAGAGAAUGGCGCCAUCGAUUGCAAUGCCGCCGAUCUCGUCGCCACAGCAGUUUUUGAGAGCGCACACGGAUGAUUCCCAGAAUCCAGAUUGUAAGAUAAAGAUUGCUCACGGCACCACCACCCUGGCUUUCAGAUUUCAAGGUGGUAUUGUUGUCGCAGUCGACUCCCGUGCCACUGCGGGCUCGUGGAUUGCAUCACAGACCGUCAAAAAGGUCAUUGAAAUCAAUCCCUUUCUGUUAGGUACCAUGGCGGGUGGUGCGGCGGAUUGCCAGUAUUGGGAAACUUGGUUAGGCUCUCAAUGUAGACUUCACGAAUUGAAGGAGAAGGAACGUAUCUCUGUGGCGGCAGCAUCCAAAAUAUUGAGCAAUUUGGUUUAUCAAUACAAAGGCGCAGGGCUUUCAAUGGGUACUAUGAUCUGUGGCUAUACAAAAAAAGAAGGCCCAACGGUCUAUUAUGUGGACUCUGAUGGCACGAGGUUGAAGGGUGAUCUGUUUUGCGUUGGUUCAGGUCAAACUUUUGCAUACGGUGUUUUAGAUGCGAAUUAUAAAUGGGAUUUAACCGUUGAAGAAGCCCUGUACCUUGGCAAGAGAUCUAUCCUUGCUGCUACACAUAGAGAUGCCUAUUCAGGUGGUUCAGUAAAUCUUUAUCACGUUACAGAAGCCGGCUGGGUGUACCAUGGUAAUUAUGACAUAGGUAACCUGUUCUGGGAAGUGAAAGAAAAGGAAGGUUCUUUCAACAAUGUAUUGGGAUAA